UUUAGUUUUAGUAUUAGUUCAGAAAGGUUGUUUUGCUUUCUACUUGCAGAAGAGUUGUGAUUGUUCAGUGAAGUGGCACAGGAGCCAUUUCAGCCAAUUAAACAUGUGAACACAGGAACACACUCAGCUACAGCAUGACUCCUGAACACAGAUGCCAGACUGCAUUCUAUAUAAUGCCUUCUAAUAUUCUAAUAAUAACUUUAUAUUAUACAAUGUUAUUUUUUUAUAUGGUGCCAAAUGUUGCAGAGGCAGAUGCUUCAUGAGCUUCAGGAAAAAUAACCUUCUUGGCCAUGUGAGAGGAGACUGAGAUAAAUAGAAAGAGGACAAGGAAGAGAAGAAUGGAGUAAAAUGCAUGACAAAGAGAGACAGAGCAUUAGAGAAAGAGAGGAAGAGAGAGAGAACAGAGACAGCGAGAAGCAGUAUUAGUGAAUAGAUGAAACAUAUUCUUGCACAGCCAUUGUGACAAGUCCAGACCACUCCCACACCCCCCUCCACAGUGUCAUUGGCUGCUCCUCUGAAUCCCAGCAACAGCUCCAUGUGCCUCCUCCCCCUUUUCAUCUCCACAAAGAGCUCAGCACUGAAUGAACUGAAUCAGCCUCAGAUUGCUGGAAUAGUACGAGCUUUUUUCCCUCUUCCUCUCUCCCUCUCUCCGUUUCUCUCUGUUUGUCUCUCUCAUGCUAUCUCUCCUCCUCCCUCUAACAAGCUGCAUCAUCGCGCCAUCCAAACAUCUAUCUCACCAGUGCUCUGAGCGGAGUGGGAUCAGCACAGAUCAGCCCAAUCGACACACACAAAAAAAGCAACAGAUCAUGCUGUCUACACCAGCCACGGCUCAGCUCACUCCAGACAUCCGCUCCUGAUAUGAGGCUGUCUCCGAUUUUUCCUCUUUCAUCUCUCCCUCUGUUCUCCUGAAGACCUAUCUACUGCCAAAAAAGGGCAAAAGGAGAACGGAAGAGGGAAAGAAAACAAAGACAACAAAAAACAGCCAGUGAUCAUCACGUUGGCUUCGUCUCGUCAGAGGAACUUUGGGAUUCCUUACCCCAGCGUGGGUUUGCCGGUACGGAAAGAAGGAAGGGGCUUCUGGAAUUUUGUUUCCCUCCUUGCUUUUUCCCCUCCAUUGCUUUUCAUCCCCCUCCCCCUGCUUUGCUCUUCUCUCUGUCGGCUGGCAAGGGGGCCGGUGAAAGUCCGCCAAGACGCCGCGUGCCGUGCUCCGCGUGAAGAAUGCCCAGGCGCGCCUGCCUAGGCCGCCAGAGGCGGCACCGGCCCCUACACCCGCUGCCGGCCUCUACAUGGAGCGCUCUCAGAGCCGCAUGAGCCUCUCGGCCUCCUUCGAGGCUCUUGCCAUCUACUUUCCCUGCAUGAACUCCUUCGACGAGGAUGAUGCAGAUGCGGAGGGCCGCAAGUUGAAGGGGAUCCAGCGAAGCACAGAGACAGGACUGGCCGUGGAGAUGCCCAGUCGCACUGUCCGGCAGGCCAGCCACGAGUCAAUAGAAGACAGUAUGAACAGCUAUGGGUCGGAGGGCAAUCUAAACUACAGUGGGAUGUGUUUGGCUUCAGAUGCCCAAUUCAGUGAUUUCCUGGAUGGGAUGGGUCCAGCACAGUUUGUAGGGCGGCAGACACUGGCUACAACUUCAAUGGGUGAUGUGGAGAUUGGUCUGAUGGAAAGGAAUGGACAGUUGGAGGUGGAGAUCAUACAGGCGAGAGGACUCAUCAUGAAACCUGGUUCCAAAGGACCUCCAGCGGCCUACAUAAAAGUGUAUCUUCUUGAGAAUGGUAUGUGUGUAGCUAAGAAAAAGACAAAGUCUGUGCGCAAGUCACUGGACCCCCUUUACAACCAGGUCCUCGCCUUCUCUGAGAGUCCACAGGGAAAGGUUGUGCAGAUUAUAGUCUGGGGGAAUUAUGGCCGAAUGGAUCGCAAAUGCUUCAUGGGUGUAGCCCGCAUCCUAUUGGAAGAGCUGGAUUUAACAAGCAUGGUGAUUAGCUGGUACAAGCUUUUCCCCACCUCCUCCAUGGUGGAUCCCACAAUGGCCCCACUGAUUCGACACUCAUCCCAGCUCUCCCUGGAAAGUACAGUUGGACCAUGCUGCGAACGCUCGUAAGACGAACUGCCAAGUUUUUGUUUUAGUUUUCCUCUCUGAAAGGGCUCUAAAAGUCCCUUACCUUACAGCGCUGGUUGAGUAUGACUGCAGCAGCUGAGCCAUCUGGAGCCUUCUAGAAUUCUCUAGAGCCCAUCUGGAAAAUUCUGAACCUAAUUGUACAGGUUCUGAAGAAGUGUUUGUUAAACACACAAUGAUGGGCCAGAGGUGUGGCUUGAAGGCAGAAAGAGAAUGAGUUCUUCGUUCAUGUUUAUGUAACUUGGGCUUUUUUUCUGCUCCUCAUCAGUGGUCUCUGUGCGUCUUUCUGGAGAAAUGUGUACAGCUUAUGAUUGGUUGCUAUUGUCAGAGAUGGUUGGUCUUAUUUGUAUUUAGUCUUUGAGAAUGGGUGAAAUGUUGCUUCUUAGGAACACCUAGCCAUGAAUUGGUUUGUGCAAUAUUAUGUAAAAGUGGUGAAGGAGAAGUACAACAACAAUCAGAUAAAAGCUUGCCUUUUUUAGACUUAUUGUUCACACGGGGGAAAUGAUGGAAUAGAUAUACAUGGAAUGCUCAGUGAUUGUAGUUGAUGCUUGGCUCAUACUCAAACUGUUUUUUUUUUUCUUCCCUUUUUAACUGUGCCAAUUCUACCAGCAAGUGUCUUUACUUUGAGGCUUGGGCCAUCUUUCAUUGAUCAGAAUCUAUGAGCUGAUCCAUCAGGUACACAGAGAAUUAAAGGGACAGGGACUGUUUUCAGUCCUUGUUAACUUUUGUUGUGACAAAUAAUGUCACAUAUUCCAAUUUAGGAAUAUUAUAUUGGGUUGCUGAGAUAUAUAUUUUUCACAGAGAAUUCAAAAACAAAUUAUAUUCUCUUUGUAAAUGUAAGAGCUAAUAAGUAUUAGAAUAUUAGAAAGAAUUUUCAUGGAACGAAUGCCAGUAAAUAUAUUUAAUUUAGCCACUAUUACGUGUGAUGGUCUAGUUGUGCACUUUAUAUAUAAAAUACCAUUUUUCAUUAUAUGCUUGCUAGCUCAGAGUGAGCCAAAGGUGGCUGUUAUUAUUAUUAUUAAAAUUAUUGUUAUUAUUUGAAUCAUACCUUUGAUGUUGAAGAUACAGAACCUUCAGUAGCAAUGUUAAGGUUAUAGCAUUAGAUAGUAGCAUAGGCAUGGCAGGCCUUUUGGCUCAUCAAAAUCUAAUAAGAUUUAGUAAGAGAUGUAUAGGAGGAGGGUUUUAAAUGAAAAAAAAAAUCUCAACACUGGUUGAGUUCAAAUGUAGCAGCUGAGAUACAUAAUCAUGGAAAUACUGUUACAGUGCAAAGCAGAGAUGCUCUGUGCCAUAUUGAAUACAAAUGAAAGAGAACACGAGGAUGUUUGGAUUCUGUGAGUAUGGAUUUAUUGUGAACUCUAAAACUUGUUCUGACAUAUCGACAAUGGGCCUCUUUCACAUGCUGGCAUCUAAAAAAAGAAUCUGAAAAUGGACUGAAGAAAUGUUUGAUUUAAAAUAUAUUACAUAGCUUUGGUGUCUUUUCAAUUAAGUGAUAAAGGGAAUUACUGAUUUCUAGCAAGCACACCUUAAAAGGACUGUUUAGCCUAUCAGAACUGACUUGGGUUAAUCAAGCCAUUCCAUUUUGAACAUUGCCAUUUUCUCUUUUUUGGGGUAAUUGAACAUGUUCAUCACCAGAAGCAAUAAGAAGCAGUAUACUCCGAUAAUUCUGAGGCACUACUGCAUGUAUAAUGGAGACAAUAAAAGCCAAGCAAUUCAUGCAUCAUGAUAGACAGUGCCGAGUUCAUGUAGCAAUACAACAUUAGCUUAUGUUUGUGAAUCAGUUCACAGGGCACAAUGCACCAGAAAAUGAACAUUGUGUAUCUGGAAUUUUGUCUCUGGAAUUCUGGAGUUUUAUGCCAAAAACAUUUUAUUUGUAAUGCAGUGUUGGAGGUGUUAAACAAAUUCACUGAAAUAUCAUUUGCUAAACUACAAAGAAAAGAUUACUAUGGAUGAUUGUUGUUCUCUGCUUACUAUGGUAGGGGAAUUGUCAGGACGUUAUGUGCACGUUUGUCUCAAUAGAAGUUGGAUAGUAGUCUCAGUUGCAAGAUGUGUCUUGUAAAUAGGUUGAGCCCAGAGCAAAUUAAUCAUACAACCAUUACUUGAGGGUUCUAACCUCCUCUGAGGGACUAUGUACUCUUGUCUUAUUUGUGUCUUAUUUUAGUAAUGUGUGUUCAGUUGUUAAAUGGGGAUUUAUGAAAUUAAUUAAAAUUAUAUAAGUUAAAUUAGAUUAUGGUGGAGACUGAAAUUGAGAUUAAUGAUUAUCAACUAUUAUUUUGUAAGAAUAUUACUCUGACAGUGUAUUUUAAAUAGUGAAGUCAAUAAGGUAUGCCCCUGAUUACUAUUUAACCGAAAAUGAAUGCUGAAAUGUUUACAUUAGUUUGGAAAUUUUAUUUACUUUUAUCAAUUAACUUUAAUCAUUCUCUUUUAGAUUUGUUUAUUGAACAAUUUAAUUGCAGAUAUGUUACUUUAAUUGAUUAAAUAUUGAAAGACAAAGAACCUUUAGAAUGUACAAAUAUCUAUAUUCUUAAAUGACUGAAUAUGUAGCUAGAAACAGUAGUGAGGACACAUUAACCCCAAGGAUGCAUUUACCACAGGUUUUAAAAUGAUUCCAAUUGUAAUACCAGAAGGUAAACUAUUAAGGGUGUGCUUACACAUUUAUCUUCUGAGAUUUUUAAAAUGUUGUCAUUGUCAUUAAAUUGUCAUUAUAUUGUCACUAGCUUUUGUUUUAAAACAAACAUAUAAUUUAUGUUAUAGAGGAUGGUGGUGGUGGGGGGCUAAUCAACAUAUUAUUUAAUGUGAUGCUGUGAUGAGUUUAUUUUCUUUGUAGAAAAAAUGUGUUUAAGUCCUUAUAAUUCAUUAUAUGUAAAUUUGACCCAUUUGAAGAAGAUGACAUAGUUGAGUAAUGCACAAUUUGGUGAAUUGUUAAUCUGUUGAAAAAUGUUGUAAAGAAUAAACUAGUUUACUCAGAUUUA